UCGGCUUCUCGGCAACGCGACUUUACUGCUUGACUGCCUGCUCUGCUGCCCUCUCUAGAGGCCAGGAUGGUUCGCCUGAAAUCUGGAGAGCAGCGCGUCACAAGAAAAAGCAGUGACGAAUCAGUUUAUUCCCGACUUCCGAACGGUUUAGGCGCACUUUCUGGCGCGUUCCGAAAGGGUCUCUUGUUGGCCUGAAAUUGUGUAUUUGGGUAUUUAUUGUGUUGAAAUCACUUGUUUUAUGUGCCAUUCUGGAGAUAAAAGACGCGAUCUUUAAGAGGCGAAGACACCAAACUGUGCGAGUGAUCUAGUGAAGGAAUUACCUGAGCUGGGGAUCCUGGUGGUGGCUUAAGCCGAAGAAGAAUGAACAAACGAGAAACUUGAAAGCUCACCACCAGUUAAAAGGUAUUAAAAGAGCCGCAAUCAGCUUAAGCCCUAACUAAGCACCUGAGAAGAGGUAGCUGGUGGUGGCGGUGGCAAAGGUUCGUGAUAUCUACACGCCCGUUUGCUGACCUGUUGUGUCUGUGUCUGCAUGCAAAACGAAAAGAGAGUGAACCUCAGAGACCGGCCGAUUAUCGCUUAAUUUAACGAUCUGUUGAAAGAAGUUCGAACGAAUUCGCAACGUGAAGAAAUCGUAUAAAAACAAAAUAAAAUAUUUGCACCAAUAAGAAAAGAAAAGAAGCAGUGAAAACGGCUCAAAGUCCUCUAAAGUACACCCAAAGCUCGUAAAAGAAAACUAUUUGUGAAAAGAGAAAAACAGGUUUUCAUUCAGUGUACGUGUGUGUGUUUGUGUGUUUAGUGUAAUAGUAUAAUGUGAAAGUAGGAAAGAAAAUAACGACUCUGCCAAGUGUACAUCAGCCGUCGCCGACGAAGCCGCCGACACCACCUUGUGUACAUUUUCCGACAAUUUCCAAACAUUCAAGUGCACCACCACUCGGGGAAAGGCAAGAAAAAAUCUAUUCAGAUUAAAAGUUCCGACCUACACAACCAGCCAGCGGCACGAGGCCAGGACCGACUUCAUUAGAGAGCGGGGCACCCAUCGACAGCAACCUCCGACUCCGAAAAGAUUUCACCCGGCCAACGACGAAGAACUUCGCCGCAACCCAUCCCCUGGCGAUGGCACCCCAUUAAUAUCCGAUGAGUAGAGCACGACGGCGACGACGACGACCAAGUUCUGGAAAAUGGUGAAACAUAAAAGGUCCUUUUGCUUCCGACUAUCGAACGUGCUUCUGCUGCGUCCGAGGACGACACUUCUCAGCCUGGUCUGGCCACGUGCUGGUGGUGGAGGAAGGUGGGGUGGGGCGGUCCAACGAAAGUCCAUCCAGCUGCUGCUGCUGGUGCUGGCGUACUGCAACGGGUUCACCGAUGCCAGCUGGUGGAGGGUGGCGGACCUGUCGCUGGACGUGAAACACUUCCACCGGGACAACCGAAGCUUCGAGAUUUGCAGCGAAAACACGUACUUUACGCAGCACCAGCGCGAAAUUUGCUACAACAAUCCGGAACUGUUGAAAGUUAUAGUCAACGCAGCCAACAUUGCCAAGUAUGAGUGCCAAAGCUACUUCCAAAAUAGUCGAUGGAACUGUUCCGUCAAACGUGGAUCGGAAAUUUUGUAUGGAAAUUUAGACGAUAAUGGAAACCGCGAAACGGCCUACCUGAGCGCCAUCAAUGCGGCCUCGCUGGCCUGGACCAUCACGCGGUACUGCACCAAGGGUGAACUGACCAUGUGCACCUGUGACCACAUCCAGCGCAAGAAGCACAGCAAGUGGACCUGGGGCGGCUGCUCCGAGGACGUUAACUACGGCAUCAAACAGGCCCGCCAGUUUGUGGACCCCCAGGAAGAUCGCUCGUCCAGCUUUGGGCUGAUGAAUCUACACAACAACGAGGCUGCUCGAAGAACACUGCGAGCUAAAAUGCAAAAAGUGUGCAAGUGUCACGGAAUGUCCGGAUCGUGCACGACGCGCGUCUGCUGGCGCCGGUUACCACCGAUGAAACAGAUGGCCGACACCUUCGGCUCGAUGUUUGAUGCCGCCGCUCUAGUCAAACCUGUUGAAAACAAGGGCGUCAUCAAAAAGUUGAAGCGAAAGGACUCACAGUAUAAGAAGGUCAACAAGUCCGACCUUGUGUACAUUGCCGAAUCUCCCGAUUAUUGCGAAGAGAAUGACAGCCUCGGCAUCUUCGGCACCCGGGGACGCUUCUGCAAUCGCACCUCGUACGGCAUCGAGGGUUGCCGGCUGUUGUGCUGCGGCCGCGGCUACCAGACCCGGAUCCGCAACGUCGAGGAAAAGUGCAACUGCAAGUUUGUUUGGUGCUGCUCGGUCAAGUGCGACACGUGCAGCGUCCGAAAGGACGAGUACAUUUGCAACUAAGAGAGGCCACAGAGAGAGAAAGAAGGUAGUUUGAUCAGUGUAAAUUAUUACCAUUUUUGCGACUCUAGAGUAAAUAUUCACAAACUCACACACAAACAGCCAUUUUGCACAAUUUACUAAUGCCAUUUUGUCUCAAAGUUUUUUGUAUAUUUUUUGGAGGAAGACUCGAACCGUUAGCGUAAAAGAUAAGUCGAUUUUCAAAGUAUUUCCUCUCAACUCAAAAGAUUUGAUGUAAUAUUCAGAAAGGUCUUAACGAAACAAAUCGAUCGAACUUGGAUUCAUGAUAUUCACAAUACACUGCUUGUUGUAAAUCAUAAUUUCGAAAUGUAUUUGAAGAAGAAAACGAAGAAAAAACAGCAGCAACGAACGUCUAAAUGUUUCCAGUAUUUUUAUAUUCACAUUACGAUAAGUAAGCAUUUGCAUUCUGUGAUUUCUUUUUGUUUUGUAGUAUUGAUUUUAUUUAAUGAUAUAGAGGAAUAAUGCAUAAGAUUAGUGUUUAAGAAUAAGUGUUAAGACGACAACCAGCUACUCAUUGGUAGUGAAGCAAAAAAAAAGAAGCAGCACACAAAUCCUAAUUACCAAACGUGAAUAAUAAAAACAGAGAUCAAAACCCUGCUAGAAAGUUUCCCCCAUUUCUCGUGAAUUGAAUCCAAAGUAGCAUUUAGCAAACCUGAAGAAAGAAAACAAACAAAAGAUUGUCGCAUCUAUCCGACCAUUUGUAUCAGUAAACUUGUGAAAUCAAAUGAAUAAAGCAAAAAAUAAA